AUUAUAUGUAUGUAUGUAUAUGUACAUAUGUACAUAAAUAUGCAGAUUAGAGGGCAGGUGUAUUCUUCUUGAGGUUUUAAAUGCAAGAUUAAUGCACGCACGCUUAUAUAUGAUAUAUGUAUAUGUACAUAUGUAUGUAUUCUAAGCUAUCGGUAUCGCCAAGUGAGUAUAAGGUAUUUAUGGAAGAAUAUAAAAGUAAUACUAUUUCUUGGCGAACGUCCAUUACUGAAACGGCACUCAGAAUAAGUGCACGCUUGGUGCAAUAGAAAAAACAAAACUUAGUAACAUAUCUACGUACAUACAUAUGUACAUUUCUACUGGGGGGGGAUAGAAGUCAGAGUGCUAAUUUAAAUCAAAGUUCAAAGCAGUUUGUCCCAGACUUACUGAUAACAUACAUAUGUACAUAUCAACUGAAUAAGGGGGACAAUGAGGAACAUAUCAUCUUUUUUGUUGCUUUUAUUUGUCUCCUUGGCUCUUUCUUUGCCUAGUAUCUGCAAUACUGAGGAAACCUGUAGUGCACAAGUUUUGCAAGCACGUCGUUUUUUCGCCAAAGAGAAUGAAAAGCUACGAGAACGUUAUCAUGCCGAGUACUCCGCUGCCUAUGCAUAUAACACCAAUGUGACUGAUGAGAAUAGACAUGCAAUGAUUGCAGUUUAUGCGGAAAGUGCGGCCAAAAACAAACUUCUGGCACAGGCUUGCAAGGAGGGAAACUAUGCAAACUCCUCGGACACAGGUGUGCGACGGCAGGCGAGAAUUCUGCAGGAUUUGGGCGCGGAUGCUCUGAACGCUGAUGAUUAUUUGAAGCUACAAAACGCUAUUAGCGCAAUGCAGUCCAACUACGCUACCACCAAUGUGUGCUCAUUUAGAAACCAAAGCGAUUGUUCGCUUACUCUGGAACCACAUAUACAAGAGCGCCUUAGAAGCAGUCGCGAUCCCGCCGAGCUAGCAUGGUACUGGCGUGAGUGGUAUGACAGGGCUGGCACGCCUAUGCGAAAUAACUUUGCCGAAUAUGUACGACUCACGCGCAAGGCUGCACAACUUAACGGUUAUCGCUCGUAUGCGGAUUAUUGGUUACAUUUUUACGAGGAUGCCGAUUUUGAGCGUCAGCUGGAUACUACGUUCAAAGCAUUGCUUCCCUUUUACAGGCAGAUUCACGGCUAUGUAAGAUAUCGUCUACGCGAACACUAUGGGGCUGAUGUGGUGCCUGCCGAAGGGAAUAUUCCAAUGCAUUUGUUGGGUAAUAUGUGGGGUCAGUCGUGGAACGAAGUAAUGGACCUAUUCACGCCGUACCCUGAGAAACCGUUCUUGGAGGUUACCUCAGAAAUGGAUCGUCAGCAGUACAGUGUGCGAAAACUAUUCGAACUGGGCGAUCAGUUUUUCCAGUCAUUGGGAAUGCGCGCCCUGCCUCAGAGUUUUUGGAAUCGGAGUGUGCUAACGAGACCGACAGACCGUGAGGUUGUUUGCCAUGCCUCUGCAUGGGACUUUUACCAAGACAGCGAUGUGCGCAUCAAAAUGUGCUCCGAAGUGAAUACUCACUAUCUGUAUGUUGUGCACCACGAGUUGGGACACAUCCAAUAUUAUUUGCAAUAUGAGCAGCAACCAGCUGUUUUUCGUGGAGCACCCAAUCCUGGUUUCCACGAGGCUGUAGGUGAUGUUAUAGCUUUGUCUGCCAUGUCCACUAAACACUUAAAAGCAAUUGAUUUGACCAGCACUGCUCGUCUCGACGAAAAGAGCCGCAUUAAUGAGCUUUUCAAGCAGGCGCUUGGGAAGAUUACGUUUCUGCCAUUUGGUUACACUUUGGAUAAGUGGCGCUAUGCUGUUUUUCGCGACGAAUUAGACGAAUCGCACUGGAACUGCGGCUUUUGGCAGAUGCGGUCGGAGUUUGGUGGUGUCGAGCCCCCAAUCGCGCGCAGUGAUAGCGAUUUUGAUCCUCCAGCUAAGUAUCACAUAAAUGCUGAUGUAGAGUACUUACGCUACUUUGCAGCACACAUAUUCCAGUUUCAGUUCCACAAGGCGCUCUGUCGCGAAGCCGGGCAAUACGUACCAGGUGACAGUCGCCUGACACUCGACAACUGCGAUAUAUUUGGCAGCAAGGCGGCGGGAAAAGCAUUCAUCGACCUCUUGUCAGCGGGAAAUUCAAAGCAUUGGAAGGAAGUGCUCAAGGAUUUCACUGGUGAAACCGAAAUGGAUCCGGCGGCUCUUCUUGAGUAUUUUGAUCCGCUCUAUCAAUGGCUCAAACAGGAAAACAGUCGUCUGGACGUGCCUUUGGGUUGGAAUGAGACAAACAAAUAUUGAAAAUACGAGGAGAUUUCUCAGUAUCAAUGAUUCAGCAACGAAAGUGCUCUAAGUUGAUAUAAGUAGAUAUAUUCGA